AUGUUGACCAGCAGGCGCCAAGACACGGAGGACAAGUCGCCGGAGGAACCUCCUGCCAGCUCGAAAGAAGUGCCCGAGUCGGCACUUGCUGGAGAUGAUGAUGCUAAUAAUGCCGCCUUGGAGAUAGCUUGGCCGGACUGUACGUCUGAGCCUGGCGAAGAGCUCAAGUCCAGGGCUCAAGACCCGUACGACGAGCCAAAAGUUGGUGUCAACACUGAUCCUUCCGCAAGAGCCCAAAUCGAAGUCGAGGCCGAAAACAGCAGAGAUUCGAGGAGCGCUGCCGAGAUUUCAACUAACACUACACAACACUGGGUGUCGACGGCCAAGGGAGCGGCGCUGGAUCCGCAACCUAACGACCGUGAUACGGUUGAGGACCUAGAACGCCUGGCUCCGACUCAAAGGGCUCUCAUAGAGCAUAUUUUCAAGCCUCUGGAAAUGCUGUGCCUUUACGUCGAAGCAUGGAAUCUUAGGGCUGCUGGUGGUGAGAAAAGACCAGGGGCUGGCGUGGGACUCGAUCCUACUGUUCCAACGCGAGGACAGGCUGAGAUGGAGGCCUUUUUGGACCUUACACGCCAACGCAACAAACUGAAUGAAGCGUAUGCUCAACUGUUGGUACAGGUUCAGGGGCAGCGGGCAGAACCAACUUCUUCGAAAACUAGGCCUUCAUGGGACUGGCAGCAAGCAAAGAGAGUGUGUUCUGCCUGUCGCGAGAAGUUUGAGAUACAGGCCAAAGGCGAAGAAGAGGAGGAGGGAAAGACGAGCAUGAAAGCUUCUGAUGAGGAGCAUCAAUCCGAGGUCUCGUCCCCUAUUCUGUCUGUCCCAUCAUCGAGAAAUGGACAGCCUGCCGCGGCGGGAGGUGCGUACAUGGCAGAGUACAUGGCCGGGCUGGAGGAGUGGAUGGAUGAAGCGGCUACAUUCAACGAGGAGCAGGCCAGACUUUUACAACAACCGCUGUACAUAUCCCCUACGGAUUCCCUGAGGAACUCUGUCGCACAACUCCAAGAGGAACCAGAUGUACUGGAACCCACGCCGCUUUAUCCUCCGGCUCCAAGCCCGCCUCCGGUCUCAAAUGCUUACAUGAGACCACGUCGCACCGACGCAGAAGCGGAAUCUCAGUCGCAUUAUGUUCCUGACGAUGCUUGUUCGGUUGCAAGCUUCCUGGAGAGUUAUGGCCUACACCAAGAAGACUCGCCACAGUCUAGGCGUGAACAGUACUUGGAAGAUUGCUUACGCCAGGAGUGUAAGGAGAAGGAAUACUGGAUGGACAAGUAUGACGAGUUGGCAGACAGAGAUGAAAAUGGAACUAGGAUCUAUGGAAAGUCGGUGAAACGGUACAACAACCUGAGAAUGCGGUAUGACGACCUGAUGGAGAGGCAUGAGGAGAUGAAAAUGAGGUUUGAGAGGGAGAUGCAGAUUCACGACAGAGUGAUGGAGGUAUUUGUUACAAACGCAGUCGAGGUGGAUUGGACGCGAAGCUCAAGUCAGUCAAGGAGUAAUGACAGGAGGAGCAUGUCACCGCCGCUGAGUCCCCGGGGAACAUCAUCUCCAAUCACUGUUCCGACGUCAUUGGAUUCGACCGAGGCCGGUCAAUGGGGAGGUGUUGAGCCUAGAGCUUGCGGUACUGCUUCUCAGCGAGCCCGGGGCACAGCUGGGGUCGAGCAAGGCCCUGUUGCUGCUGCUCGACCUCGAAAUGAGCCUCAGACCAAGUUGUUUCAGGCAGAGGCCUCGAUGGCUCGCGGGAGACGAUGUGCGCCUGGGACUGCACAGGCAUCGACAUUUUCAGACUUUGUCGAAACCCAAUGCCAGUCGUGGGUCGCCAUGUGCGACUUCCUAUGGUCUUUCAUCCUCCCAUUGCGGCAACCAGCCAUCCUGGUAUCAGGCGCAGAUGGUUCUUCGCCAGUACAAAUGUCUCGACAAAUGAGCCGCAAUGCUGAGAUGAGCAUCCCGUGGAGUGCCAUUUUCAACGUACUCACCCACAUCAUCUUCCUGCUCGGUAUCCAAACCUGGAUCGCGUGUGCCAAGGAGCGGAACACGUGGUUGCACGCAAACAACAUCAAGCCAACGACUUUACUCUCCUCGUAUGCUCGGGGAGAGAGGUCCUUUUGGCCAGGCCUGCAUGGCGGACUGUUGACGGGUGCAGAGGCGAUUAUCCAAAGCCGUCAAGGACAAACCCCAAAGGCCGACCCCUGCUUCUGCGCCAACUAUUCCUCCAUGUUGAACGAGCGUGUAAUUCGAUCUGACGGCAGCCCCGAUUACUGCAGUCUACGAACUGGAGCCUCGGCUCAGCAGACGGACCUGGGAUUUACAAAUAAUACCAGUGUCUUCCAUGCUUGGGCGGGCUCCACGGCGACGGGCCCUUGUUUGCGGCAGAGACGGUUAAAUAGUGCCGGUGUCGCUCCAUUGACUUUGCUGCGUCGCAAGACUCGCAACUGUACGCAACAGCAGCUACACCACCAAGAAAAGCAGCACUACCAUCGCCACCGUUACUCGAGUACUUACUCUCGUCCUCGAACACAUCUAGGACCGUCGGGGAAAUAUCGCACUUUAAGUUCUACAAACGCAAGCGCACACAACAUGUCGGCGGACCUCAUCCCGGCCAACCCGGCAGGCCUCAUGGUCAUCCGCAAUGUCACGCCCAACAUUGCGACCUUCUCAGUGCCAUUUUCGCGAUUUGGCAGGAUCAAGAUUGGUGGUCGUGGCACACUUGUCAGGCUCACAUCCGGCAACCUCGCCGUCUUCUCUCCCGUCGCCCUCACAGAAGAAUCCAAGGCCAAAGUCAGCGAACUCGGCGGCAGCGUAGGCUACAUCGUCGCUCUCGACUUUGAGCACCACAUCUUCAUCUCUGAAUGGGCCAAGCAAUGGCCCAAUGCAAAAAUCAUUGGCCCCGAGGGUCUUCCCGAAAAGCGCUCCAAGCAGCUCAAGGAUCCUAAAAUCAACGAUGACAAAUUCGCUGUUAUUUUCAAGAAGGAAGGCAAGCGCGACGUCAAAAUCAGCCAAGAGUUUGAUGCCGAUUUCGACUAUGAGUAUGUCGAUGGCCAUGCAAACAAGGAAAUCGUCUUCAACUACAAGCCGGACAAGGUCCUCAUCGAGGCCGACCUACUGUUUAAUCUGCCCGCCACCGAGCAGUACAGCAAGGUGCCCGAGUCGCAGAGGCCGGGUGGCCUUCUUGACAAGCUAUUCCGAGGGGUGCAGAACACCGAGGGAGAUGCGACCUGGGCCAAGCGGUUUAAUUGGUAUCUUGCCAAGGACCGCAAUAGCAUGAAUGAGAGCCUGAAGGUGAUUUCACAGUGGGAUUUUACAACAUUGAUUCCUUGCCACGGCGAUGUUAUUGAGGGUAAUGCGAAAGAGGUGUUUAACAAGAUCUUUGAGUGGAACUUGCGUGGCAAGAUGUAA